GUUGUAUAAGAAAGGCGAAGAAACAUGUCUAGUACAUCGCAAAAGCAUAAAAAUUUUGUGGCAGAACCAAUGGGAGAUAAACCCGUUACGGAUCUUGCUGGAGUUGGAGAAGUUCUAGGACGUAGAUUAGAAGCUGCUGGUUUUGAUAAGGCAUAUGUGGUACUUGGACAAUAUUUGGUCUUGAAGAAGAACAGAGAGUUAUUUCAAGAAUGGAUGAAAGAUGCGUGUUCUGCAAAUGCAAAACAGUCAAGUGAUUGUUACCAGUGCCUCUCUGAUUGGUGUGAAGAAUUUUUGUAA